UGGGGGCGGAGCGGAGCGCCGGGCGGAGGUGAGGGCGGAGGGGGGGGCGCGUCAUGUCCAAGCACGUGUUUCUCACGGGACCCCCAGGGGUUGGAAAGACUACUUUGAUCCAGAAAGUCACUGAAGCUCUGAAAUCCUCUGGCAUUCCCAUUGAUGGAUUUUACACACAGGAAGUUAGAGAAGGUGGAAGGAGAACAGGAUUUGAUGUUGUCACUCUGUCUGGAAACCGAGGACCUUUAUCUAGAGUCAGUUCUGAUUCUUCUGCUUCAAGACGGGAAUACCGGGUUGGACAGUAUGUUGUAGACCUUGUUUCAUUUGAGCAGUUGGUUCUACCUAUGCUGAGAAAUGUAAACCAUGGUGGUGACAAAGAGAAAAGAAUUUGUGUCAUAGAUGAGAUUGGUAAAAUGGAGCUCUUCAGCCAGGCUUUUAUUCAAGCUGUUCGUCAAACGCUGGCUGGCUCAGGAACCGUGGUGCUUGGAACUAUUCCAAUACCUAAGGGAAAGCCACUGGAUCUUGUUGAAGAAAUAAGAAGUAGGAAAGAUGUUAAAGUGUUCAAUGUUAGUAAGGAAAACAGAAACAGCAUUUUGCAAGACAUCUUGGCAGCUGUAGAAUCCUGCAGAAAAUGAAGACCUCUUCUGUCCUGUAAACACUAAAGCUUUCAUUUCAACAAAACAUUACAACAUUUCAUGGAUGGUUUAGAGUCUGUCCUUCCUGCUUUUGCCCCCUCAAAGCUUUACUGGAGCCUUCAGCGUAAGCAGGGUAAAGCUGGUAAUACUAAAAUGGGAUGGCAGGAUUGUAAUUUAUUCAGUUCACUGAAUUGGAAAAAAAUGAACAGAUGUGUAGCUAACAUCCAGUUUUAAUCUGGGUGUUUGGAAGUUAGAUGGUCAACUCUGAUCCGAGUUACCUCAUGUGAAAACAACUAACUGUAAAAUCUGCUUGAUAUCUUAGUCUUUCUGAGCAUGUUCAGAUCAAUUCAAUAUCUGCCUACAGAUUAAUUCAAUAUCUGCAACGUAGCCCUGGUGCAACAGAACAGAACCCUGUCCAAAACGUAGAUGAGUCCUGCCUGGUUUAUGCAGGAGUGUAGCUGUUGGUGACCCAGCUUAGGUGUAUUCAGGUGUGUUUUAGCACGGGUGCUGACAAAUCAGCAGGUAGAGGGAAUAAGCAGUUGUGCUCUCUCCUCCUACCCCCAGGCAGCCCUGUCUGCAGUUGCAGUAUAAUCAGGGUUAUCCAGAGUUUCAAGGAAACUUCCUGUAGUCACAAGUGACAUUUACAGAAUUCUGGUUUUGGAGGGAAAAUAGCCAAAUCUACCCUCUCUUACUAAUUGAUAAGAGGACUGCAUUUUGUAUUAAUUUUCAGUUUUCUGGUGGUAAUUCUGUCCCACACCCCCUUACAAAUAAUAUAUAAAAAAAUCUUCAAGUCCAUGAAGUUAAUAAAAUCUUGUGUUUUUCAUGCUGA